AUGGUUUGGUCGUCUUUGAUAAAUACCGCUCUUCUUCUUGCUGCGUUGCCUCAACCUGCUAAUGCUGCUAUAGAUCGUGUCACAUCGUCGUGGACACCGCCGUCCUCUUCCUCUCUAGUGCAAAAGCCCACGAUGGUCUGGGUCACUGCCACACUAGAUGGUAUUGCACAGACUUACCAGUCGGUAUACACGCAAAAGUUUUCGCUGAUGUUUUCUACUGUUGCCACACCACCCUCGGGGAUUAUUGGUUUGGGUACACUCACGAAUUCGGCCUUGACAGUUCCUACCGUCACUCCGGUCAUGGAUCCUGGCUCAGCAGUUGGCGGAGCGAUUUCGUUCCCUGACUCUACGGGCACUGCUGCUGCUGCUGCUGCUGCUGCUGCUACGACACAGUCUACCACUUCAUCCACAACGACAACUCCUGGUGUCGCCGCCGCUGCGGGGGCCCUGACAUCGAGUACCACGACUCCCGGUGUUGCGGCCGCUGCGGGUGCUUUGACAUCGAGCACGACUACUCCGGUUGUGCCUGCUGCUGCCGCUGCCUUGACGACUACCACGACUCCGGUCGGUGCUGCCGCUGCUGUUACCACCACCACGACUACUCCGGUAGGUGCUGCCGCUGCUGCUGCUGUUACCACCACGACUACUCCGGUCGGUGCUGCCGCUGCUGCUGCUGCCGUUACCACCACGACUACUCCGGUCGGUGCUGCCGCCGCCGCCGCCGCCGCCGCCGCUACUACUACUACGCCGGUGGGUGCCGCUGCCGCUGCCGCUGCCGCGACUACCACUACACCUGUCGGUGCCGCUGCGGCGGGUGGUGCUAAUGUGUAA